UGCGAUGAGAACUCAGGCAACUGCAAGUUCUGCAAGUCUUCGGGAUGUAACACCGCCAAGGAACUAAGUGCAUAUGUGGACUGUCUGUUUUGUGAUGGCAGCGAUCAGGCAGAAUGCGUGAGGAGUGUUGGAGAUAUAUCCCGUACAUUAUCCUGCCACGGUAGCUGCUUCACCGGUCUAUAUCCCCGCAAUCAGUCAGACUCAAAUCCCGUUUACGAUCUGGCCUGCGGAUGUUUGGAUGAACUCGAGUACGACGAUCGCGAGGCCUGCGCAGCCGGAACUUUGGCAAACUGUGUUUCAUGUUCGGGCGCCAGUUGCAACACUGCUGAUGUGCCAGAGAAUCGACUCAGCUGCAACGUCUGUCAGGAUGCGGAGUGUGAAACGACUGUCAGCACAAAGUUUGUUUGGGUUAUCGUUCCGGAGAACAGUGCUACAUUCAAGUGGGCGAUCGCAGUGUCACGGCCAUGGGUUGUGCCACCGAUCUGGAGGAUUCAUACCUGUUGACCAACCGCAGGGAUGUGUAUCUUUGCUCUGGCAACGAUUGCAACACCAAGGAUAAACUGAACACGGUCGGCGUUUCCUGUAAUAUCUGCAAUUCCACCUAUGAUGACGGUUGUGUAAGCACUGGUGGGUCUUCGCCAGCUGUCUGCGAGCAUAACAUCAAUCCCGAGUGCUACAGCUACCUUAAUGAAGACGGCGUUUUGGAGCGUGGCUGUCUCAUGGACACCGAUGAUGACCUCUUCGAUGAAUGCUUGAGCUCUGGAAGCUCCAACUGCACCAUUUGCAGCACGAAUGGUUGCAACAACGAGAUCUAUCCCUCGGACUGGCUAGCCAGUCUGCGUUGCGAUUCCGCCAACGAUGCGGACUGUGCCCUGAGUCCCAAUAGCUAUUCGGGCCUAUUCGAAGGACGAUCCCUGUGUGACUUCCUUGACCAACGGUCGAACUCUUCGUGGCUGCCAAUCGGAACUGAGUUGCGAUGAAUCCCAGGCGGGAAGC